GUUCACCGCUUGGCUUUCUGAUAUGGGGAAAAGAAACAUCUUAAUUGCUUUGUGAGAGAAGAUGAAACCGAUCGUGCAAAGGCGAAGAUCCACCUCAGCCAUCAGCAAAGCUCUCAGCAAGACCAAGUCGAGCAGGGAAAUUAUUUUUCCCUUCUCCCAUCCUGACAAUGGCUUACCAGUUGGGGCCUUUGGGAGCCCAAACUCCACAUUCCUCCUGGACGAACGCGUGCACCUGACUGUGGGCCUGCAGACUCAAGAGCGCCACUUGUUCCUCUUCAGCGACAGACUAAUUGUGGCCAAGUCAAAGUCUUCCUCCAGCUUGAAAAUGAAGAAGCAAGUGCGGCUGAGCGAGGUGUGGGUAGGAUCCUGCCUCAGUGAAGUGUCGGAGAAAAAGAUAAGUCCUGAGAACUCUUUUGUUCUCGGCUGGCCCACGAGCAACUUCAUUGUCACUUACAGCUCUCCUGAAGUGAAAGAAAGAUGGCUGUCAACGCUGCAGUGGCACAGUAAUGAAAUGAAGCAGAAUGAAUGUCCCAAAAGUUUAUUCAUGCAGAUUCUGUUGAUGGAUGGCAACAAUAGCUCCUCUAACACCACAAUAAGCAUAUCCAACACAGAGACCGCAGACGACAUCAUCAAGAAGACGACACAAAACCUGGGGCUUCUGGGCCGACCAAGCGACUAUCACCUCUGGGUAAUACCAGGGAGCGGUGAUCCUGCAUACCCACUUGUUGGUAAGGACUAGUGUUGGCAAGCAAGAGUAGAGGCACCUGCUGAAGUGACUGGGACUGAGCCAUUCAUUUCCGGGGGAUAAAAGUGUCAUUCCUUUUAUCAUCCAAAGCUGGUCUUCUGAGAGAGGUCUGAACUAUUACCACAUCCCAGAAUUCAA